AUGGUCACCUUUGCCUUGCCUGGCGAUGGCGACGCCGCGCCAGCCACAAAUGGCACGCCGCGAGCCCGUCCACCGCUGCCGUUUGCGAAACGCGCCUAUGGCGCUUCGCCGUUCGCCAAUGGACCGUCAAAGCAUCUCGGCACUCCCCAGUCUGCGCCGUCGCGCAGGUUCUUUUCCAAUCGAAACGAUACGCCGUCCAACCCUCUUCACACGAGCUCCAUCUCGACAGGUCGAAACAUUUUUCAGGCCUCGGCCCUGUCGGAGGCGCCGCCCUCCGGCCUCUUCUCGCCGAACUUGCCGCAGAGCACGAUGAAAAAAGUCUUUGCCCCCGGCGCGACCCCCGAGCCAUCGCGAGUCUACAGAGAAUCCACAGCCAGUGCUGCGCCGCGCGGAAUGGCCGCCAAGACGUCAGACAAGGACCUCUUCCCCAUGCGUAUCUCGUCGCCACCGCGGGAGCUUACCGGCGAGCUCCUUGCCAACAAGGUUCCCAAGGAAUGGAACUCAAAGGGUUCCAUCUAUGCCGACCAGUUCCUUGCCCACCUUUGCCCUCCUGAUCUUGACGAAGAGCAGCGCAGGCAGUUCUUCUGCAUUCUCGAUCUCCGCCGUCUGAAAUAUGCCGCCAAUGAGAUUUUCGCGCGAAAGGACUGGAAGCUGAAUGUUGUUAACUUUGCCAAAGAAUUUGAGAAGAGUAGGAGCAUCAUCCUGCUGCGAUACGGCCUCUACGAAUUUCAAAACGUCAAGCCCUCGAAAGAGGUCCUCAAGAGAUGGCGCCGCGAGCACGGCCUCCCCGAGCCAGAGGAGGAGGAAGUGGAAGUCCCAGUUGCGACUCCUACCAAGUCCGCCCCAUCCAAGAAGCGCAAGGCCGAUGAGGAUCUGACCAAAGACAUGGCGAGCAGCAAUGCCAGCAGCUUCGGCAAACGUCAAACCACCGACAAGGUUGGCCAAGAAGCGCCACCCCCCAUUGCUACGCCUCAGCCCGCUGGCAAGAAUAAGCGCAAAGCCUCUGCUGGCGAGGAGGACCAGCCCCUCAAGCGAUCCACGCCCUCUGCGACCAAGGCUCUUUUCGAGAAGAUUGCCAACAAGCCUGCCGAGGCUCCUGCCCCCAAGCCGAACCCGUUUGCUCCCAAGUCUGCCGCUGGUGGCUUGGCUCGCUCCGUCUUCACCAACAUCAAGGCUGCCGCUGGACAAGCUCCCGCUGCUGCUGCUCCUGCAGGAGGCGGCAACAUCUUCGGGUAUUUGUCUGAUGCUAGCUCUGCCAAAAAUAGCGGAGCUGAUGCUGAUGCUGAGAGCGACGCUGAUUCUGAGGAGGAUGAAAGUCCGGAUGCAGAGCAGAGCGAGGAACCCAGUGCUGAUGCCAGUGCAGUUGAGGAAACAGCUGGUGACUCCACUCGUGAGAGCACCCCAGCCCGCAGCCUGUUCGACCGUGUAACCAAGGGCAACAAUGGUGAACCCGUCCGUGCUGCUGAACCUAGCCAGUCGCCUGGCGAGACUCCCGCGCCUGCGGACAAGACCUGGAACCCCAGCACCACGCCUUUGAAAUUCGCCCCGUCAGCCUCGCAGAGCAGCAACCUUUUCGGCGGCUCGCAGGCCCCCAACACGUCUGGUCUUUUUGGCGCAAAGCCUGCGGCUCCAGCGAUGUCCGGCCUAUUUGGUGCUCCCAAACCAGCAGAGUCUACUGAAGAGGCUGCCGCCCCUGCUUCUGGCGCCAGCAAUAUUUUUGCUCCCAAAAGCACCGCUCCAUCUAACCUCUUCGGUGCCAAGCCAGCCACUGCUGAAAAGCCUGCUGCUUCCACUGCCCCUGUUGCGGACUCUAGCAAAGACGGAGGCGAGUCUGACAAGGAGAACGACUCCCAGCCCUCUAAGAAGCCGGCGUUCGAAUUUAAGCCUUCCGGCUCGACUGCAUCGACGGGACUGUUUGGUGCCAAACCUAGUGCGACGACUCCUGAUGCAGCUACUGAACCCACUAAACCCGCUUCAAAUCUGUUUGGUGCGGCUGCUGCUAAGCCUACGGCCUCGAAUAUGUUCGGCGGCUCGGACAAGUCUAAAGAGCCUACACCGGUGAUGCAGUCGUCGACGCUCUUUGGCGCCAAGCCGACCGAGCCGGCUAAACCUGCUUCCACAGAGUCUUCAGCACCAACGAUCGCUGCACCACAAUUUGGCGCUCCGAGCUCCAAAACUACUACGAAUCUGUUUGGUAGCGCUUCUGCUGCCCCCUCUAAGCCACUGUUUGGCGCUACUGCUCCCACGACUGACGCGAAGACUGACGCACCGGCUGCCACUGCUCCCGCCCCUGCCGCAUCCAUGUUCAGCUUUGGCGGCAACUCGAACUCUUCCACUGCGCAGCCCACAUCUGCAAAGCCUCUUUUCGCACCUAAGUCGCCCGAGGCCAAUGCCAACUCUGCUGCCCUGUUUGGCAGCCCGAUGAAGCAAGACGAGCAGUCUCCUGCGAAGAAGGCGUUGACUGGCGGAACCUCAUCUGCACCUGGCUCCUUCACCUUUGGCGCCGCAUCCAGCGUACCGAGCGCACCCUCUGUAAACUUGUUCGGUGCCGCGGCCAACAGCAGCACAUCGGUUUCGUUUGGAGCUACGCCUUCCACAAACAAUGGUCCGAGCGGCUUCGGAUUCAACUUCUCCGCUGGUGGCGCAGGCAGUGCUGGCGACAGCAGCGCCACUACUAGCUUCAACAACCCAUUUUCCGGCAAUGCUGUUGGCAGCAGCCAACCUGCCAACCCCUCGAGCGGCGGCAUGUUUAGCUUCGGUGGUGGCGCCACAGCGCCAGCGUCAGGAUCAUCGACACCCUUUCAAUUUGGCGGUCCGGGAGGCGCCCCUGCUCCUAAUGGAGGAGGAUCUACGUUUGGAGGCAGCAACCAGGUUUCUGGCAGCUCCACGCCGCUGUUUGGCGGCGCGUCUGCGGGCGGUGCUCCAGGCUUGAACUUCACUGCUGCCCCUCCCGCUCAGCCGCAGGGUGGUAGCAACAUGUUUGGCUCGAGCCAGGCCGCACCGUCCUUCAGUGCCAGUCUGCAGCCUCCAAUCGGUGGAUCCUCUACCACCGGGACCAACUCGCCGUUGAAUAUUGCAGGGGGCUCGAGCUUGGCGACGACGCCAGCCGCGGGCACUCCGGAACCCGGAGUGCAAGCUGAAGCAAGCAAGGACGGAAACGACGAAGAAGGAGAGAAACACGAACAGAUUAACCUUACGGAAGGCGCCGAAUCUGAGGAGGAGACUGUCUAUGAAGUACGGGCCAAGGUACUCGCGUGGGUAUCACCUGAAGACCAAUCUGAUGGCGAUGACAAGCCCAAGUCCAAAAGCCCGUGGUCGACAAAGGGAAUCGGACCGUUGCGUGUGCUGAAACACAAGGAGACAAAUGCGGUGCGUCUACUGCUGCGAGCGGAGCCAAGAGGCAAUGUUGCCCUCAAUAAGGCACUACUGCCUGAUAUCAAAUACGCACCAAACGAGAAGUACGUGCGCCUGGCCACAGCUAACGAUGCCGGCGACGGACUGGAGACAUGGAUGUUGCAAGUUAAGACCAAAGAGAUUGCUCAGGCGUUGGCAGAGGCUUUGGAGGAGAACAAGGUGCAUAAUAAGAAGGACGAGUAA